AUGGCUUCCUCCUCCUCCUCCUGCGACGCCACGGGCGUGCCGUUCACCCUGCUGGGCGCGCUCAUCACCGCCGGCCCCGCCGCCUGGCCGGCCUGCGUCGGCGACGGCCGCGCCUUCCUCCGGGACUACGCGCGGCGCGGGACCAACGCGCUGCUGUGGGCGGGCCUCCUCUCCGUCACUUGGGUCCUGCUCCUCCGCGUCGCCGCGAUGCUCCGCCUCUGGGCGCUUGGCUCCCGCAUCCCGGGGCCCCGCGCGCUCCUCGCCGACCCCGGACUCGCCGCCGUCUUGCGCGACGGCGGCGACAUCACCGGUUGGUGGCCGUUCCUCUCUCCGCCUUACUCCUUGUUCAUUUUAACAGGAUUCGGUUCAGUUGGUUGGGUUCAGUUAGUUGGUUUUCUGUCAAAAUUGCAUGGGAGAUAUGGCCCAGUUGUUCGCCUGUGGGUAGGACCCUCUCAGCUACUUGUAUCAGUUAUAGAUCCUACUCUAGUUAAGGAGGUGCUAACAAAGGCUGAAGACAAGUUACCAUUGACUGGGAGGACAUAUAAUUUAGCUUGUGGAAAACUUGGCUUAUUUGUGUCCUUAUUCCAAAAGGUCAAAAGUACAAGAGAUUCUCUCAAAAUAUUUUUGAAUGAAAAACUUACAGUUGGUGCUGGUCAAAGCUCAUUCAAAAUUAUCGAUGCUGUCCUGAAUAGAAUCAACACUAUUAUGUCCAAGGAUUUUAUGGACACUAGAUCUUUCUCCCAGCACAUGGCAUUCAAUAUCAUUGGUGCAACUCUUUUGGGUGAUGCCUUCUUCGAUUGGUCUGACGCUGCUGCUUAUGAGGAACUUCUUAUGCUAGUCGCAAAGGAUGGUUGCUUCUGGGCUUCUUAUGCAAUUCCACCGUUCUGGAGGCCUAGUUAUAGGAGGUAUCGGACCCUAUGUGCUAAGCUGAAGAUAUUAACAGAGAGCGUCAUCAGAAAAUCAAGACAAAACAGUUCACUUAAUCAUUUUGAUCAGAGAUCUUGUCUGAAAAGUGAAGGGACAGAUCCAAAUACACAUGUUUUAGACAACAUAAUGGCAAGUCAUUGUCUCCAUGGGGCUGCUGGAGGACCACUUAAUUCAGAAGAGGAAAUAUUUGGAAACAUCAUGGGUUUGAUGUUGCAUGGUAUUUCCGCUUCUGCUAACUUGAUUGGUAACAUUUUGACAAGGCUUGUCUUGUUCCCAGAAUUGCAAGAUCAGCUACACGCAGAGAUUGUUUCAGUCUGUAAUGAAUCAUCUAAACUGGAGGUCGACGAUCUGCUUAGGAUGCAAGUCCUACUUGCUACUGUAUGUGAAUCUGCUCGCCUUUUGCCUGCUGGACCUCUUCUGCAGCGAUGUUCUUUGAAACAUGAUUUGAGGCUUGGCUCGGGUAUCACUGUGCCAGCUCGAUCAAUAUUAGUAGUUCCUUUGCAUCUUGUGCAAAUGGAUGCUUCUGUUUGGGGUGAUGAUGCUGACCAGUUCAAUCCUCAUCGGUUCCUUAAAAAGGACGUUGAUAUUGGAGAAAUAUUAGGAGCACCUAAAGGAUCAAAUAGGAUAAAUAUUUUCAGCGAGUGUGCCAAGACUGAAUCAUUUCUUCCAUUUGGUUCUGGGAGUCGAGAAUGUGUUGGGCAGAAGUUUGUGGUUCUUGCAAUAUCGAUGUUGAUUGCCAGUCUCCUCCGCAGCUAUGAGGUACAGCCUCAUCCAAGUUUGUCUAAAGAAAUGGGGACAGCAGUUGACAGCAGCCACCUUCAUCUCCCAAACCCUAAGAUCAUCCUCACCAAAAGAAGGAUCUGA